AUGAACGGUAUUACGGAGGUCAGCACGACGGCUGCCAUCAGCAACAUCUAUCCGUCGCUCAUUUUCCGCCAGAUGUCGUUCCCUGUCAAGUUGAUGACCUAUGAGACGAUGGACGAAGAGACCUAUGAGGAGGCGAGCGCGACGACCUACUUGCAGACUGGAUCCAACACGAUCGCGAUCGCUUUGAUCGCCAACUCGGACGAGAGCACCAACUCGACGUUCAACGCGGCGCUGAGCCUGAUGGGAAAUAACGAAUACAGCCGUGUGUUCGAGUAUACCUACCAGGCGUCGGGAGCGAUCCAACAAAUGCACGGUCCCUUCACCUUCCAUCACUCCGACUUCAUCGCUUGCACUGUAUGCGUCUCCAACUCGGUCUCGAUCACGUUCAACAACGAUCGUCGCGAGUGGAUCUCUUCGAUCCUCAUCCAGGUUUCCUACUCUGAGGAGGGCAAGCAGCCUCGCCAGCUCAAGGUGUACGGAAAGAACAGUGUGGACACGGACUGGACGAAACUGGGUGAGUACACGGGACUGGGUUGGUCCCUGUUGGGCCAGACGAAGAAGAUCUGGCUGAAGAACAAUUCCCCGUACAACCAGUACAAGUUCGAGGAUAUCGGGACGGGAAAUGAGUCUUCCUGCAUCUGGAAGAUCAACCGAAUCGAUAUGUUCAGCGACAACACGAACCGGGAGGUUCCUAACUUGGAAUACGGAACUGUGGUGGUGAUCAAGGAUGUGGAGAUGGCCGAGGUCUAUCCUUCCAGCGAUCUGUAUCGCGACUUCACUGUCUCUCCGGAAUUGCCGGAGGGCGUGAAGAUCUGCUCGCAGAGCGGUGUGAUUUACGGAACGGCCACGGUGAAUGCACCCGCGAAGGACUACACGAUCUCUGCCAAGAAGGCGACGACGGGCGAGUCUGUGUCGACUACGAUCAACUUCGACGUGUCUCCUUGCUCUGGCAAGCGCUCGAUGAUGACUUCCAAGAUGCGAAUCGAUAACUAUGCUAGCGAGUGCUCCUACAAGCUGUUCAAGGGACGCGGAGAUGGAGGGGAAUUGCUCGCCUCGAUCAGCCGAGCUCUCAAUAGCAACUCUCUGCUCUAUCUGGACCGUUGUCUGGAUAACGGCAUCUACACGUUCUACGCUUUCGAUAAGAAUGGAGACGGCUGGUUCAUUCCCGGAGGAUACAUGAUGACCGUGGAUGUGGGCGCCACCAUUUUCGAUACCAAGCCGGUCGGCGAGUCCGAAACGAAGCCCUCUUUUUCCAGCACCACUUUCUCGUCCUACCUCCCCUUCCAAAUCACCGUCACGGAGUGGAAGGUCUUGAAGGCGGAGACUGUGGAUAGUUCCUGGACCACCGCUUCGUUCGACGACUCGACCUGGCAGUCGAUGCUCCCUUCUGCGAUUGGCACCAGCGACUUUGUGACCACCUACCUCCGAAAGACCUUCGAUCUGCCCAACCUCGACGACUACCAAGUGCUGAACGUGCGUAUCCUCUACAACGGAGGAAUCGCCGCCUACUUCAACGGCGUCCGCGUGGCUCGCUUCAAUCUGGAGAAGGACUUCACCGCCUCUACGCCCGCGAUUGCGGAGCACGAUAGCACUGUCUACUCUGGCUUCCACAUCAUCCUGCCGAUGCAGGGAGCUGUGGUGGGCACGAACGUGCUCGCAAUCGAGAUCCACAAUCCUGCCAACGUGGCCACCGAUAUUGUGUUCGAUGCCACGGGUAUCUUCGGUGUGGAGGAGUGCUCGAUGGUCCUGGAUACGUACUCUUCUGUCACGGGCACGGACUGUGAGGCGGAGUCACAGGAAUCCGAGACCCCUCUGCCGCUGAGCAGCCUUCUGGACUAUGACUUGCUGACCUACAAGCAAUUCAGUAACGAUGUGAACUCGUACAUCAACUGGACGGUGGAAAAUCUCGAGGGAACGCUCUUCAACAAAUACGGAAUUCUGUCGUGGACCGCCCUGCCCGCUCUGCAGUUCUCUCUGAUGGGCAACAACGCCGACACAGAGGAUGCGGAGUACAUGAACUUCGCCUCGGAAGUGUCCGUCCCGAUCGCCCUGCGUGCCAUCAACGUGUUCGAAACGCCCAUGAACGUGCUGCCGUUCAAGAACUUCAAGUGGAUCAUCGAAGACACGGCUUCGAGCAAGAUUCAGUUGAGCUCCUUCCUCUUCUACUACUGCAAGAGUGAGGGCGCGAUGUGUCCGGGUGUGGACGGAUAUCCCACGGUGGGCGAAGGCCAGAUCUCACCCGCGAUGUGCGAGGAGGGAUUCACCGGGUACAUGUACAGAGAGUGUUCGAACGGCCAGCUGGGCGAGCCUCGCAAUGAUCGCUGCCGCUACAAGGUGCCGCUGAACCUGAUCUACCCGCAGUCCACCUAUGAGUUUGUGGUGGGCACGAGCCGCACCACUUCCGUCCCCACGUACGAUAACAUCAUCACCGAGUUCAGCGUGGAUCGGCCGCUGCCGACCGGCCUGACGCUGAAUAAGGAGACCGGAGAGAUCUCGGGUAUCCCCACGGUGGAACUCGCCAUCACCGAGCGGCCUUUCACCAUUACGGGAAGCAAUCCGUCGGGUGCGGUUCGCGUGGAGAUUGUGAUCUACGUUCGCAAGGGACAGUGCCGCGCUGAUGGCUUCUUCCCCACCACGGUGGUGGGAGAGACGGCCGUCUACGACUGCGCCAACCAGGGAAAUUACAUCGGUACGCAGAAGCGUGCCUGCGUGCUGGGAGCGACCGAUGGAGAGUGGGAGAAGCCCUCCGGAGCUUGCCUGGCGAUUUUCACGAUCAUCAUCCUGGUGGUGGUGGUGAUCAUCAUCGUCGCAGUUGUCAUCCUCCUGCUGAUCCGUAUCAGCAGAAGAAGAAAGGCUGUGGGCGGAGUGAAGACGAAGAAGAACAUGAAGAAGAGCGGAAAGAAUGAGACGAAGAAGACCGUUACUAAGAAGGAUGUGAAGGUUUAA